UCUCUUUCCUCACUCUUCGCUUUUUUUCUUUCUCAACACCUACAACAUAUUUAUAAACUAUGAGCAAACUGCAAGUUCAGCCAGUAGCACGCAAAGUCACAGCUAUCAGCUGGCUCCCGCCACGCGCAGGCACAGCAUACACAGACACGGAUCUCUACUUUGUGACAGGGUCAGGCGCCAAACACAAAGAGCUGGUUCUUUGGACAACACCCAACCCAGAUUUUGCACAAAGCGAGCCAGACUCCACCAACGACCUAGCCACGGUUGUCUCCAAGGUGUCUCACAGCGGUGACGUUCAAGGCAUUAUCGCGCUCUCGCCUGGUCUCCUGGCCACAGCGUCAUCCACUGGUAUAAUUUCUGUCUACAACAUGGACACGGAGAGCGGCUCAAUGGAGUUUAGCGAAUCGGUAACAGCGCAUAAAUUCAGUAACGGCGAAGUUGCCGGUGCCACUUCCCUGGCUGUGCAGCCUACAGGUGCACUGGAUGUGGAGGUUGCCAGCUGCGGAGAGGACGGGCGCAUCGCCUUCACCGCUUUGUCUCAGCUCAAGGAGUCGCAAGGGUAUGACGUGGACAGCACUGUGAUCACGGAUCUCUGUUGGACAACUCCCACACAGCUGGCCAUAACGACCCGCGGCGGACAGAUUAAGAUUUUUGACCGGCGCAUGCCCUCAGAGAUUCUUGCGGCGUUUGCCAACUCCCAGAGCUCCCAGGCCCUAGAAUCCAUUGCCGUGCAUCCAUCACAGCCCUUCCGAUUGGCCACUGGCACUGCUGGUGGGUCGGUGUUGGUGUGGGAUAUCAGGGAUAUGAGACAGCCGGUUAUUGAGGAGUUGGCUGUGCAUGAGGCGAAUGUCUGGCAGGUGAGGUUUGAUCCGGCUGACUCUACCAGGGUGAUUUCCUGCUCGGAAGACGCCUCGAUUGCUGUUACCCAGUGGGCCACCGAGGGAAAAGGAGCCGUGGCUUUGGGUGUGGCUCCGCCUGAGAGGGGCGUCAGGCGACUGUCCAGCAUGUUUAAUGCCCUGUCUAUCAACUGCUUUGAUAUUUGUCCGUCUACGCGCACACACCUGCUUGUUGCUGGGUCUGAUAGUGGCAAUUUGCUGAUGGAGAAGACGGUCAACCCUGACUUUAAAUUGUUUUGAAGCUUUUUUAUGUCAAUAUUAAUAAUCCAAAAUCAAAUAUGUGGAUG